GCAAGCCAUGGAGAAGUUCUGGUUUCUUCUUAUUUGCCUCCUUGAUGUCCUGGUGCAUUUAGGCUGCGGUCAGCACCGUUUACGGACGCCUGUUGGCCCCUGGAGACAGCGCAUUCAGUGGGAGAAUAACGGUCAGGUGUACAGUUUGCUCAGCACUGGAACUCAGUAUCGCUUACCUUCGCAGAACAGGAGAGGCACCCAGCUGUUACUGGCAACAAGAAACAGUUUGAACCCAGUUAACCCUCCUGUUGCGCUCAUGAGAUCCACCAGAACCAGGUCUAUGAGCCUCCAAGACACAUCCAAGCAUCACUCUGAGCAAAAUGACCAAACAGAGACCUCGAUUCUUGGAGCAGAUGUUGGUCAGUAUCUGUUGGCCCCGGAUCGGAAUGGUACACAUAGUCAGUCCAAUGUGGUUGUGGAUUAUCGUUCAAGCCAGGCUCCGUCUAACAGCAGCUCUGCUGUUUUCAUCCAGGAGUUUUCCGGCAGCGGGAUCCCCAGAGGAGGCCGGGGUACUGAGGAUGACAGUGGCGCGCAACAGGCCACUGUGCCACCAGUAAGAGCGCAGGAUUUAACGCACAGCCUGGUCGACAGGACCGCCCCUGAAAGCUCGGAUUCUGCCCACAGAUCUGUUUGGAUCACCCUGGCUAAUGAUGGUCGAAUCACCCAGCUGACCAGAACGCAAUCCCUAACCAGAGUCACUCCAGGAGUAGACGAUUCCAGCAACGCAGUUGAAAUACAUUUCCCUCGUAGGAGUCCAGAUACAACAGGUGCAAGCGAUCCACACAGCAUCCACCACAGGAACUCGGUUUUCUACAAUGUUUACCCAGCAGACCGCAGGAACAGGCAGAACGCGCGCAACCCACCAGGGACCGGCCACGGCACCAGGUUCUUCCGCAACGGUUUGCCAGACCUAAUUCCUGACCCGUACUACAUCCAAGCAGCCUCGUACAUCCAGAGAGUACAGAUGUAUGCACUUCGCUGUGCUGCGGAGGAGAACUGCCUUUCCAGGUCUGCAUAUCAUCCGAGUGUGAGUGACCUGGACUACAGAGUUUUGCUGCGCUUCCCACAGAGAGUGAAGAACCAGGGAACUGCAGACUUCCUCCCAUUAAAACCCAGACAUGAGUGGGAAUGGCACAGCUGUCACCAACAUUACCACAGCAUGGAGGCCUUCAGUAACUACGACUUACUGGACGUCUCCACUGGACAGAAGGUUGCUGAGGGACACAAAGCCAGUUUCUGUCUGGAGGAUACGUCAUGUGAUCCGGGAGUACGGCGACGCUUUGCCUGCACCGCUCACACACAAGGGCUUGGUCCUGGAUGUUAUGAUACAUAUCACGCUAACAUUGACUGCCAGUGGAUCGACAUCACUGAUGUGCCACCGGGAAAUUACAUUCUGAAGGUGACGGUGAACCCCUCCCAGCUGGUCCAGGAGUCCGAUUUCUCCAACAACGGGGUGAGGUGCGACAUCAGGUACACGGGAAGCUACGUCCAGGCGAGAAACUGCAGGAUCGUCGUGAGCUGACCUGCAGAAGACACAGACAUGUAUGCUUUGGUUGUUCUUAAAGUGAAGCUGCUACUGUUCUGAUGCUGUUUCAGUGUUUGCUCCAGAAGUAACCUUCAUAUUUAUGAUACACCUCCUGACACACUUAUUGGCAACCAUGUUAAAAGGUGUAAAAAGAAUAAAAAACUAAAUCUAUUAUUACAGUUUAUGACCUCUCACUGAAAACCUUAGAAAAAUCCAACCUUUAAUUUGAGAACAUUUAUUUAGUGGGGAAGAAAUUCUGUGUUCAAAAAUAGUUUUUAACAAAAUCCUGGGUGUCACAAUCUUUGGCACCCUUGGUAUUAAUCAAAUCUCCUUUUGCCAACAGGACAUCACUUACAGGUCCUUCUCAAAAUAUUAGCAUAUUGUGAUAAAGUUCAUUAUUUUCCAUAAUGUCAUGAUGAAAAUUUAACAUUCAUAUAUUUUAGAUUCAU